CUUGCGUGUCUUGUGUCAAUAUCGUUGAGAGGAAGGAAGAAGAUGGGAGCUUUUGCUGUUCAUUUAAAUCUGUGCCAUGUUAUUGAGCAAAAAUUAAACAUAUCAUGAAGUGAAGAAGACAAAACCAGCAGCCAUGUUUUCCCUCAGGCGUGCGAUAAUACGAAACUUUGGGGGAUGGAAGUAUUUUAUCAUGUGGAUCGUGGCGCUCUCAGUGGCUAUCUACCUCAUUGACAGCUAUUUGAUGCCAAGCAGACCCGUCUCCAAGCUACUGAAAGAUGCUUCCGCCACUCCUGGCACUGUGCAUGUGUUGAAAACAGGGGCCGCCCCCUUACAAAGUGUCCCCACUGCUGUCCUUAAAGUAGACAAACCCAAAGAGGGUCCCAAAUCUACCCCUGCCCCCAAGGCCAGACCACCAGAGGAACCCGCCAAACUGGAGCACCAUGAUAAUGCUCCUAAGAAAGAAUUGAAGUUGGUCUCCAAGUGCCACUUACGGACCCCCUGCGAGGCUGGAAAGUUCUCGUUUUACAUCGGGUCAGGCCACGGGAAGGAAGACAGCGGGGAGCAGCCAGUGAUCUGUAUCGAGGAUAAUUUUGUCAUUAACAGAGAGAAUAAGAAGGGGACGCGUGGCUUGACAGUGGUGGUGGUGGACAGUAAUACGUGGCAUGGCUGGCUGGCACAGCUGUGGGGAGACAGUGAGAUGUUGGUUCCAGAGGUGUCCAGGGUGUUCAGGCAGCAAUAUGAAGGGUCAGCAGAAGAUGCAGAACUUAUGCAAGCUCUAUUUAAUAAACCUAGACUCACUAACUUAGAUGCUAAUGUCAAGGUCAAAGGUCACGAAGCACUUACAAAGGACCAAUACGAGCAGUUGUUACAAAAUCUUAUCAAGACAGCUGAGUUUGUAGAGGGCAGCACUGUGACAGACUGCCUGAAUGCCAAGUCAGAUUCUGUCAAGUUACCUGAUACCUCAAAGGGUAGCUAUGUACUGGUCUACCACCAGAGCAGUGCUACAGACUACCAAACACUGCAGGUGCUGGCCAAGUGUUUUCACCUGUUCUGGUACCCCAAGGCAAGCCCCAGGGGUCUACACAAGGGGGUGUUGAGGUUCAGCAAUAAGGGGAAGCCGGUACUCCUGGUGGGAUCUGAGGGCCCGUAUAGAUCAUUGAUCCCAACCACUUAUAAACUCAUCAAGGCACCGUGAUAUAGCGGAGAAAGGGGGGAUGACACGCUGAUAAUGAAACUGAGAUCAGUCCAGAAAACUGAAAAUGAGAGAGAGAAGAGACAAGACUGAUUGGUGAUGAUUUGAGGGAGAUCUUUUUAUCAUUCCUUACUCAGGAACAGGUCACAUAUAAUUAACACAGGUCCACGUCAACUAGUCACUGCUGGGCUCAGAAUUGGCUGAUAGCAAUUUGUCCUGUUAUGACCAUAUCAUGUUUAAUCUGUUACAGCUAACAGUCAGAAAUGAAGGCAAUUAACAAGGUGGAAGGGUUUUGUGUAAGAGAGAAUCACCUGAUGAAUUGUAAUUAUACCGGUGUGAUGCUAGUCCAAAUAACAGCUUUGAAUGAUAUUUAGUAUCAUUGAGAGAAGGUUUAUUUUGAAUAUAUUCUACCUGUACUGAUUGAUGACUGUUUUGUACAUCCAGUCUGCUCAGCUGAUCACAUGGUUAAUACUGAACCAAGUGACCUAGUCUGCAGAAUGUGAUGAUGGUCUUUCUGUGGCAGUUAUUGGAAAAAGAUGUUAUUAAAAAGGUGUCUUGGGAUUUGGUGUCAUUGGAAUUGGUGAGAUAUUAACUGUCACAGUGGGAUGAAAAUGUUGACGUUCAUUGCAUGAAAUAGUAUUGGCCUGUUCAUUUGCUUGUACACACACACACUCACACACACACACACGUACACGCACACGCGUCAAGAGAAAGAGAGAGAGAGAACAUCAAAUCAUUAAAAAACUAUUUUGAUCACUGGAAGUGGUCUCAAAAUAUGUGUAACAAAGAUCACUUUAGAAAAUCAUUACUCCAACUAUCCUGAAAUGUCUUCAUUUGUCCCAGUCAGGAAAGAUAAUUGCUUUGCUUCUUAAAUCUCCCGAACAGUGAAACUGUAAUGUGAUCAGCAGUACUUAAUAGUACUGGACCACAGUGUUUAUCACAUCAGGGAGGUCUCACAGCAGUUGCCAUUCUAAAAUUGACUCUGCCAUAUGGUAAAAUUGACUCUCCGUUGUGGACUAAAAAGUCUUCCUAGAGUUGGACAGUGGAAAUAUUGCAGAGCAGUUACACGUAGUUAUAAAGUGUGUAUGUACAAUGUCAGCUUGCGAUUGCUUAGUAGUAUUAAGUAUAGGGACUGAUCUUAACAAUUGUGGUGUAAUAUUGCUAUAUAUCCAUGAAAGGAAGCUUGGGAAAUUGGGGUUAAAAUUAUGAGUUUUACUAUUGAAGAGAAAAAUAUGCUUUUUUUUAUUAAUAUUGCUUUUGUGAGAAACAUUAAUUGCAGCUUUGAAAAAAAUCAUGGAUCAGUUACCUUUUAAAGAUAAGCUUUCAUUUAUGUCAUAAACCUAAUGAUUAUUUCAUCAUGAACCUAAUAAUAAUGCUUAAAAGCAUUAGUAGCUUGCUGUGCAGAUCUAUAAGUGAUUUAAGCACAUAACAAACUCAUGAAGGCUAAAUGUUAAAAUGCAUGCUCACUCAUGGUAAAUCCGUCUCACGUCUAUUUAUAUAAUUACUUAAUGGCUUGAUAAUAUAGCAUAGUUUAUAGUUAUACCUGGUGCAGUUAGACUUGAACAUGUGCAACACCUUGUCUUUUGGUGGACAGGACAUGCUGUACUUAUUACCUGCACAUGUACUUUUUAUGUCAUUAAAUUUUAUAACCUUUAUCUUAGCAUAGGAACAUGGAGGCCCAAUCUUUAUUUUAUAUUGCACCAGGCAUGAUGAGUAUGCUAUGGUUGGUAGUAAAACAGAGACCUUGUGGAACAAAAUUUGCCUUCAGAAUAAAUGUUCCAAUGUAGUUGCUAAAUUCAGAUUGGGUCUCAUAUACCUGGACAUUACUUUAUAUUUUUUUAAUUUUUAGUACUGUGUGCAGGUAGUUAAAUGUGUUAUAAAUAAUAUGUUUCAGUAUAUUUAGAUCAUCUAUAUGUCACAUCUGUAAUUAUCAAUGAAAUCAGAAUUGUCAAUGAAAUCGCAAGGUCAUUUUUAGUUUUUGUGUUUUUUUUUUUUUUUUUUUUUUUUCGAUCGGGGAUGUUUUAUCCUCUCCAUAUUUACACAUGAUUUGUUUAGAGGUUAUGGAAAUACAGAAGACUUACUGAUGUAGUUGUUCCCAUAUUUUGAUAUUUGUAAUAUUUAUUGUAUAUCACAUGUGCAAAAAGAGCAGCAUAAAAUCUCAUUUAAAACUAAUUGUUUGCAAUAUAGACAAUGUUGUUACUUGAGAAAAUGGAAUUUAAACUGUAUUUAAAGAUUUAGGUACUUCUUUUUUUUUUAAAUCAAAUCUUUAAAGGAUCUGUAACGCAAACAUCAUGUUACAUUUAGUCGGAACUGGGCUUAAUAGAGGGCUUGUUGAUAUGCGGAAAAAUUUUAUACAAUACUUAUAUAUAUGUAGUUUUUGCCUGGCAUUGUCAAUGCUCACCCAGUCUUGUAAUAUUUGCAUGUACCGUAUUUUUUAAUUUUUUGGCGGUAGUGGUUUUUCAUUAGUUUAGGGGAUUUUGCUAGUAGGGUGCAUUUGCCAUGACUAAAUAGUCACAACUUGAUAAUUUGUCUUCAGGUGUUGGUACCGUGAAACAAUUUCAUUCAUUUCAUAAUUGUUGUAAAACGAGGUUGUGAUAUGUUUUUUGACAGCAAAUUGCGUUUCUUGUUGUUGUUGUGUUUUUAUAAUGUUUUAGCAAACAUAGUUUAAUUGGAAAUUUGUUACUUGGUUUUCAUUAUAUCAAAGUGAAGUAUUGACAUGAUGCUGCAGAAAAGUGGGUAUUUUGGUGUAAAUUGGAAGUCUGUAACAAGAUGAUGAUUUGUUUGAAAUGACCUCGUCUUGGGUGUCAGGUCUUUUAGGCCAGUCAAAGUUGAUCAGUUGGUUAACUAGGGGUUCCUCAGAAUAUAUUCACGAAGCUUGUUAACAUUCUUUUUUUUUUUUUUUUUU